AUGGCGAGCGAGCAGAACUACGGCGUCACGCCACCCAUCUCAGUCACACUGCCCACCGAGGCGGAGAAUCGCGCCAGCGAUGCCCUCCUUGAGGAGCUCCGGCGCCAGAAGACGUUCGAGAGCCCGUCGGAUACCGAGAAGCGGCAUGCCGUUCUCAAGUCACUGCAGGAGAUCUGCAACGAAUUCGUCCGAAAAGUUGCCAGAGAAAGAGAACCCAAAAAUGACAUUCUCAUCAAAAACGCCAGGGGCAAGGUCUUCACCUACGGUAGCUUCCGCCUUGGUGUCUAUGGGCCGGGCUCGGAUAUCGACACGCUCAUCGUCGCGCCGAAAUACGUUACUCGCGAGGACUACUUCAACUACUUUCCCGACCUGCUCGUCUCAAUGGCUCCCCCAGGGGCCAUCACCGAUCUGACCGUCGUCAAGGACGCCUUUGUGCCCAUCAUCAAGUUUGAGUACUCCGGCAUCAGCAUUGAUCUAAUCUUUUCUAGAAUCAUACAGAAGCAGAUAUCCCCCGAUUUUGAUAGCCUCAAGGACUCUAGCUUGCUGCGCGGCCUGGAUGAAGCAGAGCUGCGGUCCCUAAACGGCACCAGAGUGACCGACGAGAUCCUCGACCUAGUACCCGAAAAGAGCACGUUCAGGCUUGCGCUGCGAGCCAUCAAGCUAUGGGCACAGCGCCGGGCUGUGUACGCGAACAUCAUGGGCUUUCCCGGCGGUGUCGCCUGGGCGAUGCUGGUGGCCCGUGUCUGCCAACUGUAUCCGAAGGCCACCAUGUCCGUCAUUGUCAACAAGUUCUUCUUGGUCAUUGGCCAAUGGCGCUGGCCACAGCCCGUGCUGCUGAAGCCCAUUGACAGCGGUCCUCUUCCUGUUCGCGUUUGGAACCCAAAGGUCUACAAGGGCGAUUCGUUCCAUCUCAUGCCCGUCAUCACCCCCGCCUAUCCUUCAAUGUGUGCGACGUUCAACAUCACUCGAUCCUCGAUGACUAUCAUCCAGCGCGAGCUGCGCCGUGGUCUGGAGAUUUCCGAGCAGAUCAUGGUGGGCAAGCGGCCGUGGAGCGACCUGUUUGUCAAGCAUACGUUCUUCACGUCAGGCUAUAGAUACUACAUCUCUGUCAUAUCUGCCAGCAAGGACAAGGAAGCGCACAAGAUAUGGUCGGGAUACGUCGAGUCCAAGGUCCGGAUGCUCGUACAGAAGCUGGAGCAGCACCCUUCCAUUGCGCUGGCGCACGCCUUCAAUAAAGGAUACGAUCGACGACACUUGUGCAGAAACGAACAGGAAAUCGGCCAGGUGCAAGAGGGCAGUCUUGAGUUUUUGAUCAAGGACGAGGACGAAAGCAAGCCUAACGGAGCAGUCGUCAAGACCGAGAAGGGGGAGGGCGAUAACAAGCCCAACGGGGCAGCCGUCAAGUCAGAGAAGGUCGAGGACGGCAGCAAGCUCAGCGAUAUACCCAUGAAAGCCGAGAAUGACGAGGGCGAAAACAAGCUCAGCGAAGUGCCCAUCAAGACAGAGAACAAGGAUGGUGCUACAGAAUCCGUUUUCCCAGUCGAGGUCUACACCACUACUCACUAUAUCGGCCUCGAGCUGGAAGAGGGCGCCAAAUCUCUUGACCUAUCGUAUCAAGUCGAUGAGUUCAAGGUACUGUGCACUCAGUGGAAAAAGUACCAGGACGACCUGGAGCACCUGGUGUCUCUAGGAGUGCAACACGUUCGCAACUUCAACCUCCCAGACGACGUCUUUGAGCCCGGUGAAGUGAAGCCUCAGAAGAAGUCGAGCGCUAAGAGCCUGGCAAAUAAAAAACGAGGCGCGCCAGAGGACAAUACUCCUCCCGCGAAGAGACAGCAAGCAUCAGUUGCAGCCGUCGGCUGA